AUGGCCCCAAUCGACAGCCCAGGCGCGGCUGUCCCCAACGACAGCAAGGCCGGCGACAACAACGACAGCAAGGCCGGCGACAACAAUGACCAUCUGGUGCAGUCCGCCGACCCCGAGCAUCCGGCGAACCUGAUCCCCUCGCUUUGCGCCAAGUUCUGGACGCUGGGAUGGGUUACGGGCACUGGAGGAGGAGCAUCGAUUCGGGAUGAUGACCUCGUCUACAUCGCGCCGUCGGGCGUGCAGAAGGAGCUGAUGAAGGCCGACGACAUCUACGUGCUCUCGUUGGCGGCGCAGGCCAAGUCGCUGGACGGGCGCAGCCGCGUGUACCUGCGCAGUCCGCCGCGGUACAAGCCGAGCCAGUGCACGCCGCUGUUCCUGGCGGCCUUCACCAAGCGCGGCGCCGGCUGCUGCAUCCACACGCACUCGCACUGGGCCGUGCUGGUGACGCUGAUCCUCGAGACGCACGGCGCCCCCGGCGCCGGCGGCAACGGCAACAGCCGCGAGUUCCGCAUCAACAACAUUGAGCAGAUCAAGGGCUUCGGCCGCGGCUUUGGCCAGGCGGGGAACCUCGGCUACCACGACACCCUGCGCAUCCCCGUCAUCGAGAACACGGCUCACGAGGAGGACCUGACCGAGUUCCUCGAGGGAGCCAUGGACAAGUACCCCGACACGUACGCCGUCCUGGUUCGCCGCCACGGCGUCUACGUCUGGGGUGAGACGGUCCACAAGGCCAAGACGCAGUGCGAGAGCCUUGACUACCUUUUCCAGUUGGCGGUUGAGAUGAAGAGGCUGGAUCUGCCGUGGAUCACGGAUAUCGUGCCCGUCAAGCCGACCUCGACGAGAUAA